AUCUCGCGACACUUCCGCAGAUACACAAACAAGGAAGAAUCGUUUAGUCGAUGUUUGGUAAAUCGCGAAAAUGAGUGCAAUAAAGUCCUACGGGAUUUGGCUGAGUUUCUGCUGCAUCCUUACAACCAUAUAUGCAUCUUCCGACGUCUUCGACGGUGUGUUGGGAAACACCGUGUCUUGUCAUAAAACAUGUCAGAUGACUUACAGUUUGCACACUUAUCCGCGGGAGGAGGCGCUGUACGCCUGUCAGAGAGGAUGUCGCCUCUUCUCCAUCUGCCAGUUUGUGGGUGACAGCAAAGAUCUCAACGAAACCAGAUCCGAGUGCGAGUCAGCCUGUCGUGAAGCCUACAGCCAGUCAGAUGAGCAGUACGCCUGCAAUCUAGGAUGCCAGAAUCAACAGCCAUUUGCAGAACAAAGAAUGGAGCAGUUGACGAUGAUGAUGCCCAAAAUCCAUCUGCUGUACCCGCUUACUUUGGUCAGGGGUUUUUGGGAGGAUAUGAUGAGCCAAGCCCACAGCUUCAUCACCUCAUCCUGGACAUUUUACCUGCAGGCGGAUGAUGGCAAAGUAGUCAUUUUCCAGUCUGAGCCGCAAGUCCAGUAUAUUUCUCAGUUUGAGUUCCAGAGAGACGAGACCGAGGAGCCACAGAGCACUUUUAUAGAUGAGGGAGCGAAAACCCCCAUUUAUAAAGACUACCCUCGGAGCUUCAUUCAGGAGAGAGACAGAGACAUGUUCAUGGACAGAAGCAGCUCUGAGGACGACUGCAAUCUCUUCGGCUGUCUCUCAAGCAGGAACCCAUGGCUGCCCGGCUGGAUCUUGACCACCACUCUGGUUCUGUCUGUGUUGGUUCUGAUCUGGAUCUGUUGUGCCACAGUGUCCACUGCUGCAGAGCAAUACGUCCCUGCUGAGAAGCUGAGCAUAUAUGGAGACAUGGAGUACAUGAAGGAGCAGAAGCUGAGCCCGUAUCUGCCGUCGUCUCUGGUCCUCAUCAGAUCUCCUGGCUUUGAGGAGCAGCAAGCAGGACCUCUCCCUUCAAAGGUCAAUCUGAAUCAGUCUAGCAUUUAACCAGUCCAACAUCCAAAGAAACUGGAGGCUCCUGGUACAUGUUUGCUACUUCUUCUGUCAAAGUUGUGAUUUUUUUUAUUUUUUUUUUGCUUCAAUAUGGGUCUAUGGGGAAUAUAUUUUAUUGGCGUUUUGGCACUUUAAAGGCAUUACCUAUCAGAUGGAAAGCUCGGUAGGAUCUGUUUUCCUGUUUACUACACAUUUGCAGAGAUGAAGACUUCUUGGGUUUCCUUUAUUAUCAUUGUUUGAGUGUUCUCAGUGUGAUCAGUAACAGCUUGUGAUUUAAGGUACAACAUGUGUUGCACAAUGAAAAACAUUAACAUUUUUAUUUAUGCUUUAGUUGCAGGAAGUGCAAAUUGUCAUAGAAACAGCGAUAGGGAAGUCAGUAAUAGGCAAUAUGAUCUUUUGCAACCUCUCAGAUUUGUCAUCUUGAUAUUGUUAAUAAACAAAUCUACUGAAAAC